AAAGAGCCGGGCCGCGGGGGCUGGGGCGUGGGGAGUCUAGUCCCUGGUCCUGUCCCCCGGCGCCUACAGGCUCCUCCCCCGGUCCCUGCAGCUCCAGUGACCCCCCCCAUCGCCACCCCCAGCCUCUAUAGCGCCCCGACCCUCCGGAGCCACCCCCAGCCCCUAUAGCACCCCACUCAGCUCUAGCCAUCACCCUUAUAGCACCCCACUGGCCUGUCGCCACCACCCAGACCCUGUAGCACCCCACUGGCCUGUAGCCACCACCCAGACCCUAUAGCAUCCCACUGAGCUCUAGCCAUCAUCCUUAUAGCACCCCACUGACCUAUAACCCCCACACAGAUCUCUAGCCAUCCACUGAUCUCUAGCCAUCACCCUUAUACCACCCUACUGGCCUGUAGCCACUACGCAGCCCCUACAGUAUACCACUAUCUCCUAUGGUACCCCACCAUCUGCUCACCUGCCCUCUACAGCACCCUGCUUUUCUGCUACCAAUCCCACUCAGCCAUUUGCUCUCUAUACAGCACUCACUCACUCCACUAUUCCCCUCAUCAUCAGCCACUCACCUACCCGUUAUCUUCCUCCCUGUCAACAUCUAGCUCCUGUAGAAGGCUGCUGUUCCCUUCUGCCCUGUAUUGCACCCCCAUUAUUUCCCUCUGUGCAUCUGGAAUCUCUGGUAGGUGUCAAACACCCCUGGCCUCAAUGGAGGAGGAGGGUAGGGAGAGGAGAGUGGUGUGAAUUGGGGUGCCACAGAGGGGAACUUCUGUUAGUAAUUUUAAUUUCAUCCUCUCCCACUUUCCCAAAUACAUAUAUGCUAGAAGCUUUUCCUUUGUAAAUGUGGAUGUUUGCAGAAAACUUACAAAAUAUCAGCUGUGUGUAUGGACCAACAUGGUUGAAUUGUCAUUUGCUGCUUCUCCAGAGUGAGUGUAUGCUGUAGAACCUUGCUAAUCCACAUAGCUCCAUAAGAAUAAAACAUGGCUGAGGAUUCUCAGAGAAACUUCCGCUCUGUCUACUAUGAAAAAGUGGGAUUUCGUGGUGUUGAAGAAAAGAAAUCAUUGGAAAUCCUACUGAAAGAUGAUCGAUUGGAUAUUGAGAAACUUUGCACAUUUAGUCAAAGAUUUCCUCUCCCAUCCAUGUAUCGUAUCCUGGUGUGGAAGGUGCUUUUAGGAAUUAUUCCUCCUCACCAUGAAUCUCAUACUCUGGUGAUGAAGUACCGAACGGAACAAUAUAGGGAUGUGUAUCAUGCCCUCCAAGUAAUUCGGUUCAUCAAGGAUUCUACCCCACAGGUUGAAGUUUUCCUUUGCAUGCAUCAACUGGAGUCAGGAAGGUUGCCUCGAAAUCUGGCUUUUCCUCUGGAGCCAGAAGACGAAGUGUUUCUUGCCAUAGCUAAAGCCAUGGAGGAAGUGGUGGAGGAUAAUAUUGACUGCUACUGGCUUGUCAGUAGUUUUGUGAAUCAGUUAAACAACAAAUACAAAGAUUCAUUACCACAGCUGCCAAAAGUUCUUGAACAGUAUUUGAAUGUUGAAGAUAACAGACUUCUGGCACAUCUGAAGGCAUGUUCUGCAGUGAGCAAACUUCCUUACGAUCUUUGGUUUAAGAAGUGUUUUGCAGGCUGUUUACCUGAAUCCAGUUUACAGAGGGUUUGGGACAAAGUUAUUAGUGGAUCCUGCAAGAUUCUUGUUUUUGUUGCUCUGGAGAUUUUGUUAACCUUUAAAAUGAAGAUAAUGGCCCUGACUAAUGCAGAGAAGAUCAUACAGUUUCUGGAAAAUAUUCCUCAAAAUAACACUGAUGCAAUAGUGAGCAAAGCUAUUGAUUUGUGGCACAAACAUUGUGGGAUGCCGGUACAUUUGGUAUGAGAACGCUGCAGUCCUCAUGGUUUGGAAGACCAUACCUUCUGAUGGUCCUUCCCUAGAUUAGUAUCUGUAGAUGUUAAAUUGUUUCACAUUUUUUGCUGUAAAUAUCAUGCUGAUUAAUUUUUAAACUGUUGCAGUAAAAAUAAAGACUGAGUUGUGCUAUGAUGAGCAAUAAUUUUGGUAAUAUAGUUACAAAAUUCAAAUGGGAUAGUGCAGUGGCUCUCAACCUUUCCAGAUUGCUGUACCCCUUUUAGGAGUCUGAUUUGUCUUGUGUACCCCAAGUUUCACCUCACUUAACUACUUGCUUACAAAAUCAAACAUAAAAAUACAAAAGUGUCACAGUGCAGUUACAAAAAAUAGUGAAAACCGCUUACUUUCUCCUUUUUACCAUUUAUUGUAAAAUAAAUUGAUUGGAAUAUAAAUAUUGUACUUACAU